GCACUGCUCGCUCUGAUGGAGAAGACGGGCUACAGCAUAGUGCAGGAGAAUGGACAGAGGAAGUUUGGUGGACCGCCUCCAGGUUGGGACGGCCCACCCCCACCACGAGGCUGUGAGGUGUUUGUUGGUAAAAUUCCCAGAGACAUGUACGAGGAUGAGCUGGUUCCUGUGUUUGAGAGGGCCGGCAGCAUAUACGAGUUACGGCUCAUGAUGGAGUUCAGUGGAGAGAACCGGGGCUAUGCCUUUGUCAUGUACACCAGCAGAGAUGCAGCUCAGAGAGCCAUCCAGAUGCUGGACAACUUUGAGAUCCGUCCAGGGAAGUUUAUUGGAGUGUGUGUGAGUCUGGACAAUUGCCGCCUCUUCAUCGGUUCCAUCCCCAAAGACAAGAGGAAGGAUGAAAUCCUGGAGGAGAUGAAGAAGGUGACAGAGGGGGUGGUGAAUGUGAUCGUCUAUCCCAGCUCCACAGACAAGAGCAAAAACCGAGGGUUUGCUUUCGUUGAAUAUGAAUCCCACAAAGCUGCAGCCAUGGCCAGGAGGAAACUCAUACCUGGGACCUUCCAGCUGUGGGGUCACUCCAUCCAGGUCGACUGGGCAGAGCCUGAGAAAGAUGUGGAUGAGGAGACCAUGCAGCGUGUCAGAGUGUUAUAUGUACGUAACCUGAUGCUGAGCACCACCGAGGAAACCCUUCGCCAGGAGUUUUCAUGCUUCAAAGCGGGAGCUGUAGAGCGCGUCAAGAAGCUCACUGACUACGCCUUCAUCCAUUACCGCUGCCGUGAGGACGCCAUCACUGCCCUGCACCUCAUGAAUGGCGCUGUAAUCGACGGGGCCGUUGUGGAGGUCACACUGGCUAAACCAGCCGGGAUCAAAGAUGGAAGCAUGUCUGGGAGGAAACACGGGAGCAGGGGAAACAAUGCAGGAGGAGGAGGAGGAGGAGGAGGUGGGAAAGGAGCAAUGGUGGGCGGAGUAGGAGGAGGGUAUGGGGACGGGACAUUUGUACUACAGAGGGACGAUGGAGGGAUUGGAGGUGGAGCUAUGCAGGAAUACCCUUCACUCAGUUCCCUGGUCCUGCCCCCACGCCUGGGGAGCCCUUUCUAUGCAGGAGCAGAAGGAGCUGGGGACACAGAGAGGUGUAUGUUCCCCCUCGUCCCUGGUACUCCCAUCUCCCCGUCCAGCCUGCACUCUGUGAAGCCCAGCCAGCUCUCCUCUGCUGUCAGCCUGCUGGAGUUUUACUGCAGCAGAAACUCCUGGUCAUUGCCUGAGUACUACUUGUUCUCUGCACCGGGCCAGAACGGAAUACCACUGCUCAUAUACAAGGUGGUGAUCCCAUCUAUACGUAGCAGCUACAUGCCAGACAAGUUGUGUACGCUGCUGGAUGAUGCCAAAGAGCUGGCUGCGCAGAACACAAUCUGGAGCCUUGACUCAUCCCUCCUGAGCAGAGGUGUCGCUGAUUCUCCCAGUAGUCUGUCUCCGCUUGCCACCCCCACUGGUCCGGGCCUGCUGACUUGCGACGGCAAAGCCAUCCCCUCCUGCCUCCCUCCUCCUCCUCCUCCUAGCCCCUUCCCCUGUGUGUCCUCAGGUCUCACUGGCUUCUUCCUAGACCUCAUCGACAUCCUCUUUAUCAGCUUCCUGGCUGGCAGAAGCCAGAAGAAAGAGCAUCACAGCUGA